AUGGCGACUCUGGCAGAAUCUCGAGGGCAGAGUGCCAUUUCAGCAGAAGAUGGGCCACGCGAACGGCUAAACGCUCAAGAAUUAUCCCAUGGACAUGGAACAACCAUUAGAGACCAGGAACUCAGCACUGGUGUCCGUGUAGAGGAAAAUGGAAGGCUGGAAAUCGAUUUCCGGCAGCACCGGCAUAAGCCCUGGCUUUCUACUCUAAUGCAACACGUUGAGCAAUCAUCACAUUCUGAUGCAGAAAGGCAUCCCAGCUCGGUUACUGUCCCGGAAGAUCAGACCGUCUUUCCUUUGACUCUAAACGUCGUCAUACAGGUUGUUGGGUCUCGGGGCGAUAUUCAGCCAUUUGUCGCUCUGGGCCAAGAGCUCCAAAAGCACGGGCAUCGCGUUCGACUUGCCACCCAUAUGGCUUUUCGUAAAGAUGUGAUUAAUAUGGGACUCGAAUUCUUCAAUAUCGGUGGUAACCCCGAGGAAUUGAUGGCAUUUAUGGUCCAAAACCCUGGCUUGCUGCCAGGCAUGCGCACCAUCCGCAGUGGAGCGAUACAGAAGCGCCGCCGCGAAAUGAAAACCAUCUUUUCUGGAUGCUGGCGCUCAUGUUAUGAGGCGGGAGAUGGAACGUCAAUGCAUCAUAUCCUUGAACAUGUGCAAGACGGUGCUGUAGACUCCUGUGCACGACCAUUUAUUGCAGAUGUUAUUAUCGCGAACCCUCCCGGCUUUGUCCACCUGAGUUGCGCCGAAAAGCUGGGAGUUCCUUUGAAUAUGAUGUUCACCAUGCCUUGGUCCCCAACGCAAUCAUUCUCGCACCCCCUAGCCAAUAUUCACUCGCAAAACACCAAGCCCUCUGUCGCGAACUUUGCAUCUUAUGGGAUUGUGGAAGUCAUGAUGUGGGAAGGACUUGGAGAUCUUAUCAACCAUUUUCGUAAGAACGAGCUAGGACUUGACCCACUGGACGCUAUUCGGGCACCUAGCAUGGUCCACCUGCCUUUCUCGAGGUGGGGGGAGCCUCCAAUAUACAUUGGAUUUGGUUCUAUCGUUGUCGACGACCCUAAGAGGCUGACAGAGACCCUUUUCGAAGCUGUUCGCCGGACAGGCCGUCGUGCACUUAUUUCAAAAGGGUGGAGCAAGCUAGGCUGCGGAGAAAGUGAGGUCCCGGAUGGUAUAUAUCUCUUGGAGUCUUGUCCCCAUGAUUGGCUUUUUCGUCGAGUAUCCUGUGUUGUACAUCAUGGUGGUGCUGGAACUACAGCCGCCGGUCUUCUCUUCGGUCGCCCAACAGUUGUCGUUCCCUUCUUUGGAGACCAGCCAUUCUGGGGCUCCAUUGUUGAUCGAGCUGGUGCCGGUCCACCACCCAUCCCUUUCAAAGAGCUGACAGCCGAAAGACUGGCCGAGGCGAUUGAAGAAGCUUUGGGAGAAAGGACCCAGAGAUGUGCUAGGGAAAUAGGAGAGAACAUACGCUCCGAACAAGGAGUACGGAACGCUGUCCAAAGCUUUCACCGACAUUUGGAUAUCGACAAGCUAAAAUGCUCCAUUUGCCCCGAUCGACCGGCUGUGUGGUGGCUUCGGCAUUCACACAUCAAACUCAGCGCUUUUGCGGCAUCAAUACUGAUACAUACUGGCCACGUCAAGCCACGAGAUGUCAUACUGUAUCGAGCUCAGGAAUACGACACCAACCGCGACCCUCGUGGUCCUCUUUUCGCCGGCGCAGAAGUCUUAUAUGGCUUUAUGACUGAUCUCGUGAUUGGAUUCGCGCGUGUUCCGGGACAAAUCCUACGCAUAGUGUCUAGGUCGCAAUCCCAAAACCUGCCAAAGGAUUACAGAGGCAGAGAGUGGGCGAUGUCACAUUUUGCGGAGUGCCUGUCGAAUCAGCAAAACAGGAGAGACAGUCAACCUGCCACAGACACAAAUGGCCUCGUUCAGAGCUCGGCCGAUAUUCAUGAGAGUACAAGAGAUACUUCCUCAAGAGACCAGACCCUCCAUUCUGCUACAGAUGAGCCCCCAAGAGAACAUCAAGCCCUUCCCAUCCAUGACUCAGGCUCUAUUCACAACAAAGUUUCCAUGAAGGCGGGAAACACCAAAGCGCCCUAUAAAGGUUACAGCCAUGUCAAACAUGCUUUGUCCGAAACAAAAUACCGCGUUGCGAAGUCUGCGAAAUAUGCCUUAAACUUUCUGUUAGUGUUGCCAACCGAUUUCACUCUGAGUCUCUCGAAAGGAUUUCACAACGCCCCAAAGCUUUACGGUGAUAAGACAGUGGAAUCGAUACCAAAAGUCAUCGGGAUCAAGAGCGGCUUCAGAGCCGCGGGCAAAGAAAUGCGCCAAGGCUUCUACCAUGGAGUGUCAGGACUCAUUACCCAGCCCACCCUGGGGUUCCGGAAUAGUGGAAGCAAAGGAUUGGUGAAAGGGGUUGGGAAGGGUGUGGGAGGUGUUUUUUUCAAGCCGACUGCAGGUAAGAAUAUGUCCCCAAUGUGGCACACGGGCGUGGUGAACAAAAUUCGCAUAGGUCUUUUGGGUCUAGUAGGGUUUCCUUUAGAUGGGUUGCAAAAAAAUGUGCGCAGCUCACUUUCUAAAAGCAAGUCUAAGGAAAUCAUUCAAUCCCGCAUUACACAAGGUAUCGAAGAGAUGUGUACUGCGUCGAGUGAAGAGCAAAAUAGGGUGAUUCAGAGGUGGCAUGAACUACACAGCAGCAUUUCUUGA